AUGUCCCUGCGGCCGAGCCUGCGAACCGCCGGCCGGACGCUCGUGCUGCGCUCCCGACCCUUGGCCCCCCGACAGGCACUUCCGGUCUGGGCCGCGACGAGACGAGGAUACGCGGACGAGCGCAAGGGCGAACGGAGUCAGCCCCCAACUCUGAGACCGUCUGAAAAUGCUGCCUUCCCUCCGAGCCAGAUUGGCUCGGAGCCUGCACCGGGACAACAGUCGACAACAGACGAGGCCGCCGCGGCGCUGGAAGAGCUUGUCAUCGCGGCCAAGGGACAGAGCGCCGGGCUCGAGGGCGGCCUGACGGAGGCACAGGAGCAGGCGCUUUACAACGAAGGCGCCAUCCCUCCUACACCGUCGAACGGCGAUCCUCUCCGUGACCUCGAGGUUCUGGCGUCCGGCGGACUGCUCACAAACGCCCAAGAUACGGAGAUCGCGACGUCGCAACGUCCGGGAUACAAGUUUCCCCUACCGAGCCUCCCUCUGCCGCCGCACAGCCACCUGAAGUCUCGUUACCACCCUGUGCUCGACCAGCUGACCAACCUGAUGAUGCGGGACGGCAAGAAGGCACAAGCGCAAAGAAACAUGGCCAUGGUCCUCAACUUCCUCCGAACCUCGCCUCCCCCCAUCAUCAACCCGCGAUACCCGCUCCUCCCGGGCGCCCCGCCGCCAGCGCAUCUGCCUCUGAACCCCGUGCUGUACCUCACGCUAGCCAUCGACUCGGUGGCGCCCCUGCUCAAGAUCCGCCGCAUCCCGGGCGGAGCUGGUGGUGGCCGCCCCCUGGAGCUGCCGGUGCCGCUGGCCGUGCGUCAGAGGCGGCGGGCUGCAUUCCAAUGGAUCCUGGACGUCGUCAACAAGAAGCCGUCCAAGGGCAGUGGUCGGACGCAGUUCCCGCACCGGGUGGCCGACGAGGUCAUCGCUGUUGUUGAGGGACGGUCGGGCGUCUGGGACAAGAGGCUGACAUUGCACAAGCUCGGCACUGCGACGCGUGCCAACUUGACGGUCAAGCCCGUCAAGGCGCAUUAG